AUGGCUGACACACUGGUUGACAGCCAGCUGGACCUGCUGGACGCGGCAGCGGACGCGAAGCUUGAUGCCCCCACUAGCGCGGAGGACGCGCAGCCCCAGGAGAACGUGGCCUCUGCCCCCAGCAAGCCCAAGAACCUCUACUUUGUGCGCGUGCCGAGGCCCCAGAUAGACGAGGCGCCGGUCAAGGAGCUGCAGACGAAACUCGCUGCCACGCUCACCAAGCUGAAGGAGUACAACAGCAAGCUCGCUGGAAAGAGGGAGGUGGUUGCUGGCCUGCGCCAGCAGGUCGCAGUGGCGCGCUCCCUGAAGGAGGAGGCGGCGCCCGAGUGGCAGGACAAGAUCUCAAAGCUGCAGGAGCUGAAGGACAUCAAGAAGUCCUAUUUGGACGAGAUCCAGGCCAUCAAGGGCGCGCAGAGCGGCCUGGAUGCACGCACCGAGCAGCAACCACCCUCCUACGCUCGCGCCGCGCGCCGCGCGCAGGAGGAGCUUGACGCCAAGCUGGCCGCCAUGGAGGCGGAGAUCUCCCACGGCCAGCUGGAGCUGCGCGAGGAGAAGCAGAUGGUCCGCGAUAUCAGCCGCCUCAGGGCGCAGCGCGACCGCAUCCGCGAGGCCGAGGGCCGCUACGGCUCGGUGCGCACGCCGCCGCGGGGCGCCGCGGUUGAGGAUCUGUCCCAGCUUGAGGGCGAGCUGUCCAAGGUGAAGGCCACCAUCAAGGAGCUGGACGCUGAGGUCACCUCGCUGAAGGGGGAGCGCUCCCAGGCGGUCGGCAUCCUGCAGGAGAUCCAGGGCAAGCUGAGGGAGGUCAACGACGGCAUCAGCGAGCUGGAGGCGGAGCGCGCUGAGCACGAGGCCAAGAAGAAGGCGCUGCAGGAGCAGAUCCGCACCGCGCAGGACGAAUCGAGCGAGGCCAUGCAGGAGUGGCGCGAGAACCGUAAGUUCAGCCUGACGGUGCGCGACCUGGUGGAGGCCGGCAAGCUGGACGAGGCGCGCGCGCUGUGCGACGAGCAGGUCGCGUCCUACAUGGGCCGCAUCCUGGGGGACAAGGCGUACCGCAAGGAGUACACCCAGGGCUGGGCCGAGCAGCGCAAGUACGUCGUCAGCGAGCUGCUGCCGGGCAGCGGGGUCGCGCAGGACGCGGGCCGCGGCGCCGCGCGCGACAAGGGCGGGCGCGGCGACAAGGGCGCGCCGCCGGCGCCGCGCGCGGAGCCCAAGGUGCAGGGCGCGGCCAAGGCGGCGGCGCUCAUCGAGCAGCUCAUGGCGCGGGCGCAGGCGACGGUUGCCGCGCAGCGCAGCAGCCAGCCGCAGCCCGCGCACGAGGAGUCGGAGGAGCCCGAGGCGGACGCGCCCGAGGCCAACGGCGGGGCCGCGGAGGACGCCAACGGCGGCGCGCCCAGGGCGCCGGCGGCGCCGCGGGAGGCCGCGGCGGAGCUGCCCGCGCUGCCGGAGCUUGCGUUUGAGGUGCCGGCCCUGGUGGUGUCGAAGGACGAGGCUGACGCGGCGCUGACGGAGGAGCAGAAGAAGGAGCUGAUCCGCGAGGAGAACAAGCGCAAGGCAGCCGAGGCCGCCGAGCGCAAGAAGCGCCGCGAGGAGGCCGCCGUGCGCAAGAAGCAGGCCGCCGAGGAGGCUGCCAAGCGCAAGGGCGACGAGCCCGCCGCGGUGCCCGUGGCGGCGCUGGCCCCUGCGCCGGCGCCGGUGGCGCCCGCCGCCGUUGCCGAGGACGCCGGCCCCGUGGCGGCGCCCCAGGCGGAGGCGGAGGCGCCCGUGGCGAGGCAGCAGCAGCCGAGGCAGCAGAAGGUGCAGCAGCGCAAGCCCAAGGGCGCGCCGGUCAUCAAGCCGGAGCCGGUCGGCAUGAAGCGGCCGCGCGGGGAGGAGCCCGCGUGGCGCAAGGCCCUCAAGGCGGUCGGGCUGGAGUCCUCCACCAACCAGGCGGUCGCGAUGUGCGUGGCGCUCAUGCUGCUGAUCUUCAUCGUGCUGGUGGCGCGGUGA